UGAAUCGUCUUUUUCCCGUGCCGACACACUUUCAGGUUCUAGAAUCUCAAUUGUGUUUGCCUUAACCUAGUAUCGAGAGACAUAUUUCUCCAUCAACAAUGAUAGCUUCCCACGUUCGGACGAAUUUUCGCCUUCUGUGCUUGCAAUGAAGAGGACCGGAGCUGAGACGUUUCUUUUUUCCUUGAGAGAAGGACUCGCAAACUCCUUGAAGGAGAUCAGCUGCUUCGGCAGGUAUUCUUCGUUUCUCGGCAGAAUUCGAUACUGACGGUUUUCCCCAGUGUCACUCUGUCAUUUUGCUUGCUUGCGAGUGAUCGUCUUCGUGUCUCGUGGAUGUUUGUGCUUAUCUGUCGAAAUUCGCCUAUCCAGUCAGUUGAUCCAUGAAGAGCCAGCCAUCGAACGUCUCGAACCCACAUGCGUAGGCAGCCAAUGAGGCAGACUGCCCUUGUGUCUUGUCACCUUUCCUCGAUUGUGUUUCGCCUCACGUGAUAAGUCGUGUAUUAAAAGUGAUCGCGUCCAUAAUGGCAGCGGGAGGCUUCUGGCUGGAUGGGCAGGCCUUCCAGGCUGUCUACCGUUCCCCUGAUGUGCCCACAAUAAUAAAGGGGCAGGCGUUUCUACUGUUAAAUGACACGCAAAGCGCGGCAGUUGACGGAGAGUCCGUCACCGUGGGCACAAAAGAAACCGAAGCUUCAGAAUGGGUGAAGCGCUUCUGUACUGUAAAGGCGAAUCUGUUUGGUUUCGCGCCACACAGCGACGCUCCGUUUGAAGGUGCAUAUCUUCUCGAGAAUGUCGACGUUAUUGCUCUCACGGCCAAGGAUGCCCUAAUAAAGCAUAUGAUUCCUAGCCUGCCUCCUGCUAGGGAAGGCGAGUAUAUAGUGUACGUGACAAACAAGAGGGAUCGUUCUUAUGGCAAGUCAAUUGUCCCUCUUGUUAUGGCUCUGCCUUCCCGUGGAGGAGCUCAAUCAUGGAAGGCUGCCAUUUCGGAAGCGAAUUUUCGGGAUUCUCGAGCAGAGGCGGACCGGUUGAGGGCGGAAUCGCGGAAGGAAUUGUCCCUUGCGCAGCGUGACCAGCACAAAAGGGACAUUUGUGUGUCCAAGCAAGAAGCACAACUCGAGAGUUUGGAAUUGGAGAGGCAGGAACUGAUGUUGGAGAUGCAGCGUCUUCGAGAGAAGGCAAGAAGGCUUCAGGCGUCACGAGAGGUUACGGAGAAAGCAGCGGCUGAAUACGUUGACCAGAAAGUAUCAGAGAUCUCCGCACUACAGUGCCAGCUUGCCGAGGAGUUACGUCAGAAGGCGGUUCUCCAGGAGACCUUGUCGGAGUUACGGGAGCAUGCAAGUCAACAGCAACGACGGCUUAAUAGUAUUGAGGCAAACAACCGGCAGCUUGCUACCAGGUAUACGGAGCUUCUAAGAGAUCUCGAGGAAGCCAACGAUAAUCCAGCACGAAUCGCUCUUGUCGCGUCCCGCAGUAGGAGCUCUAAUCAGCGGCUCACUCUGGAAAACAAGAAGCUAAGGGAAGAGAACAGAGCGCUCACGCGACAUUUCCACGAGAUCGAGGACAAGUUCGGUCAAAAGCUGAAAAUGGUGCGGAAAGUGGCAGAGGCUGGAGAUAUUUUCAAUUUCUUAAGGAAAUGGUUGUUAUGCAGCGAAAACAAGAUAAAGUUCUACGAGAUGGGUCAUAAAAUGGGCAAGGAAGAGGCCAAAGGCCAACGACGAAAGAUACAAGAGCUUCAGGAUGAACUGCGCAUUGCGGAAGCGGUUGCGAGAUCCUCCUACAUUUCCGUUCGGUCGAUUCUUCUCGAUGAACAACUGAAAUCGUAUACAAAGCAUGCGGAAGUUCCCGAUAUCUUUUCCUUUGUCAAAACGUCUUUGGAACGGUUCGGCUGGAUUUUUGGAGAGAUAGAAUCUGUUCGGCCUGUAGAUCGCGUCUUCGGAGUCGAGCUUCCUCACUGGAUGCAUGAUGGUGCAGUUCCAUCGAAAGCUCCAUUUUUGGAGCGAAUCUACCCUUGUGGAGGUAUCGAGGGAAGCAGUCGAUUUUCCUUGGUGCCGGGCGUCGACAUAAUGAGACCCGUCGAAAGCAUGAUUCCUGUCAGCCGCUUCGCAGAACUGGAAGCCUCUUUGCGUCUUCUAGAGGUUGAUCAUAAAGAGCUCCAGGAGAACUACACUGCCGCGAGCGAACGACUUUUGGAGUGCCAAAAAUUAAUCAAGGAUCUUCGAGAAGGGGAAGAAGGGAAUAGCUCGUGGUGCGAACAGCUUGGCAGGGAGCGAGGAGCGGUAUUGAAACCGAUGUAA